AUGGAGGAGAUAGGAUUGCCGCAGAAGAUGUUCCAAACAGGGCAUGAGCCAACUGGUAGAAAGAGGGUGAAUAACUAUUUCAACUUGAAGUGGGUGGACCAUAUAAAAUCUGUGUUGGAGGAUGAGCAACUUGAACAGUUGGCUGCGUCCCAAUUUGGACGGCUAAUGCAUAUGGGAAAUCACGUGUUCUCGGUGAUGUUUCUACACUACAUUUUAUCAAGACAGCUAGUAACGAAGAAGCGUUAUGAAUUAUGGUGGAUAUAUGCCGGAAAACCCAUCCGAUAUGCAAUAGAAGAUUUUGCCUUGGUUACCGGUUUGCAUUGUACCCCCGCUACACGUGAGGACCGGAAGGGUAAGAAGAAAAAACGUGAUGCUGGUUCGAGAAGGAAGAAGUUUGAAGGCAAAGCUAGUGGACCGAUGUGGUCCUCGUUGUUUGGUGGUAUUGACAAACCCACCCCAUCGUGGAUUUUUGAGAGAAUUAUUAGUGGUCGGAAGUACAAGGAUCCUGAUGCCCGUUUCCGGCUUGCACUAAUCCUAAUCGUAGAAGGCAUAUUGUGUACUCGAAGUGGAUCAACUAAUAUACGGCCAUGGGUCGUAGAAAUGGUUGCUGAUAUAGACGCGUUUCUUAAGUACCCCUGGGGACGAGAGUCUUUUGAGCUGACUGUACAGAGUGCGAAGGCGAGAACCCCGGAGCAUUUCGUCCAACCAACUACGGCUAUACAGGGGUUCUCUCAUGCAAUGGUCCUCGUGACUGUUUGCUGCUGUCCGACAAUCAUAUCUGGUUCACCAUUGAUGGAUCAUUUGCUCGCCGAAGCACAGCUUGCUGAAGAUGUUAUUCAGACUGUGAUAGACAAACACGUUGGUGUUAAUAUUGUCAAAGCAAGGACAGUUGAUUUGGAAGGGCAGGCCGUGGUUAGGGCGUUGUUGUGUGAGGAAAGUAAUGAUGUUGGAGACGGACUGCAUUUCCCAGAUGAGGUAGUCGAUGGGGAGGUAACACACCUGAAGCAGUUAAUUGAGGAAGAUUAUCCAUUUGAGCACAACACCUGGUCCAGAGGGGUAACUGCAUCCGAGGCCGCCAAAGCAGAAACUAGUGAAAGUGACAGCGAGGAGAAUGAUUCAGCUCCCCAAAUGAAUGAGCCGGCGAGAGAGCAUGAUGGUGUACGUAAUAACAGCGGCGCUUCACCAGACGAUAUCUCGGGGGACAUCCCUAUGUUAAGACCCCCUCAUCAAUCGGAAAUGGGACAAGGUAGUAAUACUACGGGAAGUUCCAUUUCAGAGUUGGCUGAUGCAUUUGAAGAGCGUGCACGGCGUAUGUUUGUUCUAUACACUGAAAGUGUUAAAGGGUUUGUGGAGACAUCGGUGAGGAAACUAAUGAAGGAGAUUGCCGAGCUUGGUGAAAACAAGUCGCGAAACCCGAACACAUCUGUUGCAACCGGACACUCAACUCCUAAUCCAGAAGUGGAAGGGACAGGAACUUCUAAACGGCAGCGUCCAGAUGCUGAUCAACCUCCUGGGUUUGUCGAUGGCAAUACCCGGCCGGAGGUGAUAACAACUGAGUAUAUGGGAGCGGCAAUGUCUGUGGAUAAGCAACAAGAUGGAGGGAAGGAGACACCUGCCGGAAAAGAGAAUACGGAUGUCACAUUAGAGAGACCUGCCGGGAUAAUAGAGCAAACCCAGGUUCAGCCGGUUGAACCGGUUAUUCCGGAAAGGCGUGCUUCAGAAAGGGUUCGUAAUAUUCGGAAAUUGGGAACAUCAGAAACCGUUGCGGAUCGCGGAACACAGAAGCCGGCUGCUAAACGGAAAAACGAGGUAACUAAAGGACAACCUAGUGCGUGUAAUGUUUUACCGCCUAAGCCUAGUAGUAAGCGAACAAGGAGUGAGCCUGCACCAAACAACGUACCAAAACGAUGUAGAACAAAGAUUAUCCGCGUCCGUGAAGAUACCCGCGUCCGUGAAGAUACCCGCAAUGAAGAUCCGAAAGAAACGGAUGUACCACCUCCAGCGGCGGGACCUAUGCUGUGGAAUGAGAAAGUUUGCACACUUGUUGGAGGAUUCUCUCCAUUCAUCCGUCUUGCUGGUGACAAAUUUGCGGCGUAUGACGCAUUCGUGAAGAAGAAUAUGAAAGUUUUUUUGGUCUGA